AUGUCGUGUCUGUCGCCAGAUGCAACAACCACAAUAACCUCCCGGCCAAAACUCACCCUCCAAACCACUGCCCUUCCUCGCACAUUCGGCAGCUCAACUACUGGCCUAUCAUUUUCCUUCGCAGCCACAUCAACUGCAUCCCCCACUAUUCGCAACACCUUCAAAAAUGCCUACGAGGUCGCAUCCCCAUCUUCCGCAACAACCUCCCCGUCCAAAGCCGGCCGCUUCAACAAACCAACCUCUCCUUACAUCUACCACCAAAACAAUAACCUCUUCAAUCACCGCAAUCCCUACCAACUCCCGCUAGGAGUGCACAGCAUUCUGCGCAACUCCCCACUUGAAUCCUCCCGACGGCGCUCAGGCUCCAUUUCCGCGGGCGGCAAUGGACCAAACGGCGCAGGAUCGCGUCGCGUCUUCUUCCCCGCCAAGAAACAAGUCAGCUACCGCUUUCCACUGGAAGAAGAAAUCCACACAGAGCGCUACACGGCGCAGCACCUCGAUCUCGUGAAGGCGGAGGCAGUGCACACCGAGGCAGACACCAAAACCCCACCCGAGACACUCCCCACCGACUCUAAGCCCGAACAAGACGAAAAAGAGGAUUCGGAUUCCAGCACCCCAUCAUUGUCAGAGACAAGCGCCUCGGAUGACACCAGUGCUGACGAAGGCAUCCGUGGGUCGUUGUCGAAGAUGGAGCGCAAGAAAAGACGCACGAUGCGUGUCGAGCGUCAGGUUCGGGCGGUGGCGCUGCUCGAUGGCUUUGAGGCGGACGGCUCCUCUACUCCUCAGACCCCACGCCAGCCUCGUGCCAAGCGUCGUCGCGAGUGGAAAUGGACACUUGGUCCUAUCGAGCAUGCGAAUAAUGAUAAUGUCUCAUUGUUGCAGUCAGCUAAUCCUGCAUUGGAUUCGCAGUCUCUGUCGGUAUCCACCGACCUCCGUCAAUGA